CUUUCAGUGUCUUCAAUGAUACGCAAGUCGGCUAGUGUUAUAUUCUUUCACGGCUCGGGCGACACGGGACCCAAUGUACUCGCGUGGGUGCGCAAUUUGAUCGGACGCGAUUUCGCUGGAUCGCAUAUCAAAUAUAUAUUUCCCACAGCGCCGAAGCAGAAAUAUACGCCAUUUGGCGAUGAAAUAUCCACGGUGUGGUUCAAUCGCACAUCCGUUGACAUUGACGCACCCGAAGAGGUGGAGAGCAUGUCUAAGAGUUACGAUAUAGCAAAUGGACUAAUACAGAAUGAGGUGGAUCUAGGCGUAGCGACGGAUCGCAUCAUUGUCGGUGGCUUUUCGAUGGGCGGAGCUCUGGCUCUGCACACGGGCUAUCGCCUGAAUAUGGAGCUGGCGGGCGUAUUUGCGCACUCCGCGUUCCUGAACCGCGAGUCGAUUGUCUACGAGUCGCUGGAGGGCAAGUCAAUGCAUCCAGAACUCUGCAUGUUCCAUGGCACAAGCGACGAUAUCGUGGCCUACAAAUGGGGUCUAGAUACUUUCGACAAGCUGCAAAAUUUGGGCGUAAGUGGAACGUUUACGACCCUGGAUAAUGCAGCACAUGAGCUGAUGGAGAGCUCGAUGUUGGACGUCGAGCGGUGGAUACUAAAAAAGUUGCCUCAGAGCUAGAGGGAGUUGAAAGCAAUUAAUUUUUAACAUGCAUUUCCUAACACUGAAAACUGUUCAACACUGCACAAAUGAUUAAUAAGCCAUUUUGCAACACUGUGUUAACUUUAGCUGUUUCCUGCAAAGUUUUUCUCUUAUCCAAAUGAAUGAAU